CAUUACUUUUCUUUAAUUGCUUGAGAAAUGAACCUGAUAACUCUAAGUCUCUACCUGUACUUAUUUAACGACAUCACCCACAACUCAAUGUGGUAGGAGGAGAAUGAUCCACAUUUUGCUAUGAACAAGACCGUUCAAUUUGACCCAACAAUAAAUAACUCGGAACCAGGAAAAUCGAAGCAAUCCAAUGCUGUCACAUACGUCCUUGCAUUUCAAAAUCAAUACUUUUAGACUAAGUACUUAUGAGACAAGGAAACUGUCACAUGUUAGCUGGGCGGAUCUAAUAUGUCAGAUGGUGGCUCUGAACCAUCAGAUAAACAUGAUUUUUCUAGCAUGGAAGGAAUACCCGUCAAAAUUAGUGAAAAUUACAAACCACCCAAGAAGAUAACACCUUUAGGGCCAUCUAGAGUCAACCUUGACUCAUCUCCAGAAGAGUAUGAUUUCACCCUAGAAAACAGUAUUGUGAGCAAAAUAGGUGCUUGGCGUCAAAUUCGACAGUCAAAUUUUGAGGACAGAAAGAAAAGAUUGGCUGAGUAUCGUGAAAGGAUGACCAAAUUUAUGUCUUUAAACCCAACAAGCAUCACAGAAGCAUCAACCUCUCUGGGAGCUGCCUAUCCGGUCGUGAGUUAUGAUGAUUCGUCCGUGCAACAUGACUGUGAUAUCAACUCCCAAAUCCUUACCCCUGUACCAAUAUCCUCCCCAAUCAAAGAGCCUAAUAAUGUAGUCCGUAAGAUAAACUUGUCUGAUUUUGAGUCCGAUACAUCUAGUCCUUUUGACAACAUGGAAUUGAAAACAAUAAAUGAUCUAGAGGAGCUGGCGCAGUGCUUGCAAACUCAGGCAACAGUUUUAGAAUCCAAACCGCAUAAUGAUCUAGAUUGUAGUGAAGAGUUAAAUAACUAUGUAGGUUAUAAUCACUCCCAGUCAACAUCUAACCGUUGUAAAGAUUUUAAUAGUUAUAUAGGUUAUAACAAUGCUCAGCAUCUACCAAUAAACUGUGAUAUUCAAGCCUUCGGACAGACUAAUAAUCUCGCUAUGAUGCAUUCCUCUCAUCCGACCUCCCAGUCACUAAUAGUAAAUCAGUUCGAUUGCUACAACAAUAUUUCACCCAUGAAUCACCUCAAUCCUUAUCCUACUCCUGUCCCUCCGAUUUCAUAUCCCAAUUCCUAUGUUGCUCAGGAUCAGACUAAGCCUCUGAACUCGGUGCCUGAUAUUGUACAGCAGCUCAAAAGUAUCCUGAAAGACAAGCGUGAGGCUGAAAGUAGGAAGAAAGAUGUUAAAACCACAUCGUCACCUAAAUCAAUUAAGUCAUUAAAUUGUACGGCAAAGUCAUCCCUACCCAACCCGUACGUAUCUCUCAGUGACUCUGCAAAAAAGCUGUGUGAUCACAUCGUAGAAAUGGGAUUCCAGCAAUCACGAGCAGCUCGUGCCUGUCAACUUUUCGGAGGUGAUGAAACCAAAGUCAUUGAAUUCCUGGUUCAGCUGCAAGUUUUAGAGGACAAAGGUUAUCCAAGUGACAGAGCAGAAAGAGCUUUCAUAGCAAACAAUUUCAAUGAAGCUGGUGCGAUAAAGUUUUUAGAUAAUGUGAAGCAACUUAUGGAUCUAGGAUUUCGAGAAGACCAGGUUUGCGAUGCCUUAAACAAAUUCAACAAUGAUCAAGAUAAAGCCUUGGAUUUUCUCGUAACGUAACAGUAAAUAACUUUUUGAGUUUGUUAAAAUAAUGGAUGUGUUAAUAUUGGGGAUUGAAUGAGUGGUUCCACAAAAGAACAUGUUUAUCCUGCAUUUUAGUCCAAUGAAGAGCAACUAACCUUUCAGGAAGAAUUGCUGAGAAUUGGGUGCCUUUUUUUUUCUUUUUCCCUAAAUUAUGCUCUCUAAUUCUGCUCCAAAAACAAGUUCUAUUCCUAGCAAACAGUUGUAUGAAUCUAGUUCUUUUUGACAAAAUUUAUUUGAGAAAUUCAAGGAACCUAAUUUACUGGUUUUGCCAAUGGGCCUGUUGUAAACUUCAGCCAGAGCAAGAAAAUGAGUUGUCCUUUGAAGAAAAUGGCUCAAAAAUUACAAAGAGCUCAUCCAGAAAGUCUGAAAUACACUCUUAACUUCACAAUCUACGUAAUAAAAAUGCAUUUUUUUUUCAGCCUCCCGCUUCAUAAACGAUAGCACUGCACAGGUGAACAUUUCGUAAAAGAGGAGUCGUUCCAUCUAACCCGUACGCACUAGGAUGCUACACAAUAUUGAACAUGGUUGAUGCUUCCGAUGCUUCCAAAUCGUGAGGAAGCACCAUGGUUCUUAUCAAUGCUAGGAAAAUGUAAAUAUAAACACGCCAGUUGAUAAUAUAUUGUCCCGUUACAUGUGUUUUGGCAAGUUGGCAUUGGCCAUGUUAAAUAUGGCAUAGCAUCCUAAUGCCCAGGGGCUCAGGGGCUGGACAGAACAACUCCUCUUGGAAAAUGUUCACCUGUGCCAUGGUAUCCUUUUUGGAGCAGGAAGCUUAAAAAACACAUAUUUCUCUUGCAGAUUGUAAUGUUAGAAGUGUAUUAUAGACUUUCCCGAUGCCCUCAGUGUGAAGUUUGAGCUAUUUGCCAUAAGAAAUAACUCUUCUUUUUGCUAUAGCCGAAGUUUGCAACUGGCUCAUUGUUAAUGUCUGAUCAAAUUGCCUGUUUUUUAUUUGUUUUUUCUUUAAUUUUUUCCAUUUCCUAUUUCCUAGUCCAAAUGUUUGGAUCUCAAGUUCUACACAGGUAUAAUGACCCCCCCUUUUUUUUUCUUCAUUUCCUUCAAUGAGCGAGCUGCACAAUUUAUUUAAAGGAGGGCCAAGGCUAAAAUUCUUAACAGGAGCAAAGUGAACUUAUGUCCCCAGACAGAUUUAGCAGGAGUUCUUUAGAGGAACAGAUCCUUAUUACUGCUUGCAUGGAAUAUUUUCAAUGUGUAUCUAGUAUGAUUUUUGACUUGGGCGUCUCUGAUCACAACAACUAGUUCAUUUUCUCCAGAAAAAGACAGAAUAAUAAAUGCGAAAGAUAUGCAAAGCAGGUCUGGAUUGACUUGUAAUUAUAUGUAGUAAAAUCAAUGCUGCCUCAUUGUUUUAAUGUUUAUUUCUCUGUGUUUCUUUACUAUUUUCUACAAAAAGAAACUUACUGAAAAUAUCUUCUUUGAUAAAAAAGAAAGGGAAUAAUGGGGGCAAUAUUUUUGCUUACCUUAAAUGUGGAGACUUGCAUAAAAGUCAUUAUCUUUAGACAGGACAAUCUGAGCUGCCCCACUAUUCAAAAGAAAAAUUAGAACUUUGUGCAGUUCCGACCGGCAAACUUAUUGGGUAUCUUUGUAAUGUUUUUUAUGUAUAACAUAUAAGGCAGGAAGGAAUGUGAACAAUUUUUGGGCCAGAGGUAUAAGAAAUUAGAUUCAAACCCUGUCAGAAUAUUAUGUUGGCUCCUGAACUCCAAACUUAUUGUCUUGUUGUAUCAAGCAUACUUUGUUACAUGAGUGGUUAUUCACUAAAAAGGCUCGAAACAAAGUAGGCCUUGUUUUUCAAUAUAAACAAUCUAAAUUUAAUUUUGUAUUUUAUAACUUGUUGAUGUAUCCAACUUUAUAAAAGCACAGGAGUUAACUGUAUAAAUGUUUUUGAUAAAAGAGAAGAAAAAGUCAGAUUUUGUGAUUCUCUGAGAAUUCAGAAUUCCUCAUAGAGUGUAUAAACAAGUGUACAAACAUGUGCAAUAUUCUGACAGAAGCGCGAAUGAACAAUUAGUGUAUUUUUAUAAUUGAUUUGUGAUCUGUAACUGGAUAUGUGCUUAUGCAAAGUACUAUCUGCAGCGAGUUCCAAUUAAGUUAGUGAAUUUUUUUCUUUAUUCCUUGUAGAGUGGUCCAACAGUUUUGUCACAAACUCUUGCUUGAGCAAAGAAAUGAAGAUAGCAAAAUGUGGCUUGUACAAGUAUAAAGACCAUAUUAUCUACUAUCAAAUAUGACUUUAAUAAGCUAUUCUGGCCAUUAUUUUUUUUUACUUACAGCGAUUUUCAGUUGAACAGUUAAGCACUUCCAGGGAAAUCUUUUGGCCGUUUUAAUCAAAAGAGGAAAGGAAAGAACUGGAAUUCAAAUCGCAUAUAAAUAGCUUUUAUUUACUGAAUUUUACAAAGUAAUUCCCAAAUGAUUGUUAUGAAUGUUAUUUUUUCAACAGCUGAUUUAACUUGUCCAACUUUUUCUAUACAUAUGCCUCUAUCUUUAUACAUAUCAUGAGGCUCGGUGGCCAUGUCCUAAAAAAACAUAAACAUAAAAUCCUCCUGCCUGACGGUCUAAAAAAUAUUGAGGUGUAUUUUAUAUUUUGAAGUAUGUCUAAAUAUUAUUCUCUUCAGUAUGGUAUCAAAGUGCUCGGUGUUGUUCUUUUUGUAACUUAAUACUUAUUGAGCUGCCCAAAAUUUUUAGAGUUUGGAAACUUCACUACUGUUGAUGAAUGAAUCAACAAAGUCUCUAAAGCUACACCAGACUGUCACUGUUGGUUUUGGUUGUUACUAAGUAUACUGUAAGUCCUUACCUCUAGUACUACCCUUCCUUUGAUAGUGAAAGCAUUAGUCUUACUCUCUUUGAGCUCAGAGGGCCGAGGAAUUUUUUUUUCCUGUCUUGAAGGGGCUCAAAAAUUGCCCAAUGGGUACUUAAACCUGUCACCUAAAAGUUGCUGUGAAUCAGUGAGUUUUUGCUCCAUGAGCCCUUAGGCAAGAUCGCAAUAUACAGCUGGUAAUAUAAUUUGAAAUAAUAACAACUUGCAUUUUGCUAGCCUCACCCGCUUGCUCCUAAAAUUAUUAGAGUUAAUAGCAAAACUUUUAAGACACAUCACGUGCUUGACAAGAUAACUGUCUGGUGAAGGGACACCAACUGAUAAAAUCCAAUAUAUUCAAGGUUCUCUUUAAGUCAUUGUAGUUUUUUAUUUUUAAAAGGUUGUGAUCUAAGCCCAAGGAACGCUUGUAAUCCUUUUUUUUAGGAAUUGUUUGACUUGUAAAAUUUUAUCUAUUUCAAGUCAGCUAUUAUUUCCUCCCUAAACAAACUGUAUAUGCCAGAGCAUAUUCAGAUCAGAAUCAUGUCCACACUAUUUUAAAAAAUAAACCUUAAGUAUAUUUCUGUAAGAAAAUUCCACUGAAUUGAGCACAGUAAAGUAUUGUUUCCCAAAAGGUGAAUUGUUACCGAAAAAGUGAAUAGAAAUAGUGACCAAUCAGUAAUAAGAUCAGUCCAUUUUAGAUGUUUAGUUGCCAUGUGUAAAGGCAUGCGUUGUAUUAGGCCAGGGUGUGCCCACACUUACUCACUUAUUUUGGGCAAAGUGUUAAUUUGGCUUGUUAUAGACCUAAAUUCAUUCCAGAAUUUUUUCCAUUCUCACUCACCUCUUUUUUAGCAAAAUUCUCAGUGGCCAACAUUAAAAAUACCUCAGAGUCGGCUUGUGCACUUUCAGUUGUGUUAGAAAAGUUUUGAAAGAUUAUUUUUUAAAAUUAAAUUUCUAAAGUUUUUUUUUUUAUGAAAAGAAAAAAAAAGGAUAAGCGUGCAGCGAUUUUUUUUUUUUUUAGCACAGAUGCUCCUAAUGAAGAGCUCUUUAUUUGUUCUUCAAGAAAUUCAAAAACAAUCUUAAUUUGUGGGAAAGGUCUUUCGAACAGCGUUCACUUGGAAGGAAGGAUGAAAGGGAGGGGUUCAGAGCCCCUAUGUACUCUGGUUUUUCUGGAUUAUAAAAAGUUCUCUUCACCUACAUGUGCCCUGUGACCAUGUGAGAGAGACAAAUCGGUCAAAAAUUACCUUACAUAUCAGUUCAAACAAAAAAUAAAAAACCUCUUUUGAACCCUACGUAUCAAGUAGCCCACUCAGAUCUGUUACCGGUGUUCUCGCUUGCCUGUCUGCCCCUGUCAUCCCCUUUCAAAAUGAAAAGUGGCAAUUCCUUAUUUUUCAGUACAUAUUUUUUCUUGAAGCUCUCUGGCUUGCAUGGAAAAGGAAACUAUUUUGUGGAGCUGCUCUCCCUUUUUAUUCUGUACAGCUCCAGCCAGUCUGGUUGCUUAAUAUUUUCAUUUACAUGCAGUGGUUGAUUAGUACCAUAUUUUUGGCUGGAAGCUCUGAUUUUCCAGAUGUGCAAACUAUCACAGAUAUCAUUCAAUCCCUAGCUAAAAUGAAAAUUGAUCACUUAGACCUGAAUAAUGUAAAAUCCUCAUCGGUUUUCUUCUCAAUUUCAUCGGAGGUGAUUGAUAUGGGCAAUGCGUUAUUUUUAUUUCGUGACAAAACUACUUCUUAAACGAAAGUUUCUAUUGUUGGAAAAUAAUGUUUACAAGACUCCCCUGUUAAAUCCUCAUCUGCUCGAGGAAUUUAUUCUAAGUGAAUUCAAUUUUUUUUGCUGUGCAUGAUGUAAGAUAGCAUUUAAAACCGUUUUCAGGUGAUUGCUGUAUUAAAGGCUCAUUAAUUAACUUUUGAAAGAUGUUUUGCAUUUUUAUACAUUUCUUUAAAAUCUUUGCUUUAACUACUUUUAAUUUUGCGCCAUCUCUCUGUUAUGAUUACACUUCACUUGCAGAUGAAGCGAGCCUGUUUGUGAUUUAUGUUUUAUUUUUUAUUCGUUUAUUUUAAGCAACUGCAUGUAGCUAAGGAUUAAACAAUGUAAUUGAAAAAUAUAUUUUUCCAAUUACCUAUGUUUUUAUUUUGCUCCUUGCUGUUGAAAAUUUUAGGCGAGCAAUUUGAAAAGGAUGUGACUUUCGUCCCCUUCUUUUAUGUAGGAACCCAGCUUAAUUUUAGGGUCAUAUCAUUCACCGGUAUCAUGCAGCGCCCAAUUAAGUUAUUUUAAAGUAUGUAGCUAUGUUUUUGUAAAUAUGAUGAAAGAAAUUAUAAGCAUGUUGGUUGUUUUUGAAGCAUUUUAAUUUUUUUCUCAUUUUUCUUCUUUUUCUAAAAAUAUGUUUUGCUAUCACGAAUAAUGAAUGUUUCUCAGAAGAACACACAUGGACAAGUCUUGUUACUUCGUUCAUUACAUCUAUAUUUUCUCUGUGCUCUCAGUAUCUCUUCUUUUCCUUCUUUAUCUUUUUUCUUUUCUACCUUUUUCUCCUUCUUCAAGUUUGUAUACACUCAAAAUUGCUGUUUGUUUAUAAUUUUUUUACUAGUUGUAUCUAUGAUCAGCAUUACUUAAAUAGCUGUAAGUUAAAGUACCCAUGAUAAAUUGAAUAAAAAGUAAAUCGAUUUUGA